GCACCCCCCGCCCCAAGUCAGCGCUCGGCGCUCGGCAGUAUUAAUAAUGGCUCGCGGGGCCUAAACGUCGAUGCCCUCUCUUUCUCGGUCUCGUCCUGCACUUAUCGUAGAUUCCGGCGAUGAAGCAUCCGCCACCUUCGUCUUCCCCUUCACCGAGGCGAAGCCCCUUCUCCACCUACCUUAUCACUCUAUCUUUCAUCCUCUUCGUCGCCUUCCUUUACGGAGAGGACUUCGCCUGCGUCCUCCGCCGCCCUAUUCUCUCCUCCGAGAUCCAGGAAUACACUAAAUCAAAAGAGAAGGAUGAUUUGGCGGCUUUGGAUGAAGCGAAGGUAGCAGUGGUGCCGUUCGCAGUUGGACGUGGGAAGAGAGGGUGCGAUUUGUUUGAGGGGGAAUGGAUCUACGACGAGGAUGGUCGGCCGCAGUACGAGGAGGAGGAGUGCCCUUACAUCCAACCGCAGUUAACUUGCCAGGCUCAUGGCCGCCCGGACUCUGCUUACCAGCAUUGGCGAUGGCAGCCUCGCCGCUGCUAUCUUCCCAGCUUCAAUGCCACUCUAAUGCUGGAAAAUCUCCGAGGCAAGAGAAUGAUGUAUGUUGGUGAUUCCUUAAAUCGCGGCCAGUUUGUCUCCAUGGUCUGCCUCUUGCACCGAAGCAUUCCUGACAGCGCCAAAUCCAUGGAAACUAUUGAUUCCCUCACCAUUUUUAGAGCUAAGGAUUAUAAUGCCACAAUUGAGUUCUAUUGGGCUCCUUUCCUUGUUGAAUCCAACUCUGACGAUGCUGUUGUGCACAGAAUUACUGAUAGAAUAGUUCGAGUCAGAUCUAUUAACAAACAUGCUCAACAUUGGAAAGGAGCUGAUAUUAUUGUUUUCAAUACUUAUCUAUGGUGGAUGACUGGACAGAAGAUGAAAACUUUGAGAGGUUCAUUCAAAAACGACAUUAAAGACAUUGUGGAGAUGGAGGCGGAGGAUGCAUAUCGGCUUGCUCUGAGGAGAAUGGUUAAGUGGGUAGAAAAGAAUAUGGAUCCCAAUCAGAAUAGAAUUUUCUUCACCAGCAUGUCACCCUCUCAUGAGACGAGUCUUGGGUGGGGAGGAGAGGCAGAUGGGAACUGUUAUAAUGAAACAACUCCUAUUAAGGAUCCAAAUUACUGGGGAAGAAGUACUAACAAAGGAAUCAUGCGAGUGAUUCGUGAAGUUUUCGAAAAAUCGAAGGUACCAAUUACUGUUAUUAACAUUACUCAGCUCUCAGAAUAUCGGAGAGAUGCACACACCUCCAUUUACAAGAAGCAAUGGAGUCCUUUGACGCCAGAACAGCUCGCCAACCCAAAGAGCUAUGCUGAUUGUGUGCAUUGGUGUUUGCCUGGGAUCCAGGACACCUGGAAUGAGCUCCUUUAUGCGAAGCUUUUCUUUUCUUGAGAAACAUGCUUUCUUUUUUAUCAUUCAUGUACCUAUAAAUAUCUUUUUUUUGAAUGAUAACAAUUACAAUGAACCUUUUAUUGAUUUUUCUUAAUUGGAUGGAAGAAGGAAAUUGAUGUAGCAUUCCAA